AUGAGUUAACAAGUAAGAGUUAAAGGAACAAAAGGAGAUUAUAUAAUAUUCGAAAAAGUUUUAGGAAAAGGGGCUUAUGGUGUUGUAUGUUUAGCUUAAUGUGAAAAUGAUGGAACCUACUUAGCUGCUAAAAUUGUAAGAUAUUUUAUAUUAUCUAGGUUAUUAAAAAAUGUCUUAGCGUUUAAGACAUAGAAAAUUUGAGAAAUGAAAUGAAAAUCUAAUAAAGCCAAACCCACCCAAAUAUUCUUGCAAUGAUAGAUACCUUUGAAGAUGAUUAAUUUCUCUAUAUGAUGUUAGAAUAUUGUAGUGGAGGGUGUUUAUUUUAGAAUUUAUAACUUAAUGGACCAUAUAGAGAAGAGAAAGCUUUUUAUUAUUUUUAAUAAAUCCUAUCUGCAAUAUAACAUUUACAUAGAAAUAAUAUAUUACAUAGAGAUAUUAAAGUAUAUUCAUAAUUUAAAACUAGCUUUCCAACAUUCUUAUCACAGAUAAAGAUUAAGUUAAACUUGCUGAUUUCACAUGGGCAAAAUAUAUGAUUAACGGAGAAGUUUCUCCAUAAUUAUGUGGUACACUUGAAUAUAUGCCUCCAGAAGUAACUUAAAAUCGAACUUAAAGCGAGAAAUUAGAUAUUUGGAGUUUAGGAAUUGUUUUAUAUGUAAAAUUUUUAAAUAUCCUUAGGAAUUAUUACAUAAUAAAUUUCCAUAAAGUGAUAAUUUAUUCAUGAGAAAUGAUAUAAGUUCUGAGUGCCAAGAUUUGAUACUUAUGAUGCUUGAAAAGUCUGCUUUUAGACGUCCCACAGCUAUAAACAUUCAAUCUGGGCCUUGGUUUAAAAAGAUGAUUAAUUAAAAACAUUUAAGACCCACAAUUUCAAUUCCAAAAACGAAUUCACCAUUAAAUAAAGUAAAUUUAAGGGCUAUAAUUGGUUCACCAUUGAGAUAGUCAAAUGAGAACUUAAAUUUACUCCCUCCAAUUGAUUUAAAUUACUCAUCUCCAAAAAGAGAAUUUUCAACUUAUGGUGUUUUUUGA